UGUACAGUUCAAUGGCAGACAAGGUUCUUUGGGUGACUUGAAGCAACCUUCCUUAUGACAAAGGUCCCUUCUGGUGAAUCUGGAAGCAAACCCUUGACCUUCACAUUUGUUCCAUAUAUUGGACAACUUCCAACUCACUUUGAAGUUGUAGAUGCCUCCAAAUUCCUUGUGAAAAUUUCAGAAGAGCCAAACGCCGACACCAGACAAGAAAUUAUAAAUAAGCCUCUUUUGCAGUCUCACAUACGUUCUGGUGACCUGGCCUUCAAAAGUCAAUUCCAGCAAGACAGCAAAUCUACCUUUCACCCAGAAAGCACCCAAAAGAUUUUCCAGCCCCAAGGGCAUAACACAGGCAAAAGAAAAAUGCAGGAGAACGACCUUUUUAAGGCUGAAUUUAUCUUUAUUACUGACUCUGGUGAAGAAGAUGAAGAAACUAUUGCCAGAAACAAAGUUCAACCGCCUUCUAUAGGGAGCUACGGGCAUACAAUAUUCCAGUCCUCCAGUACAUCUCUUGAUCCUACCGCAUCGAACAAACCUCUUAGUGACUUGAAUGUUCCAUGGUCACAAGGUGCAGCGCUUUCUCACGGUGCUACUGGUCAGUUAACUUCUCUUUCUACCUCUGACCAUCUUUUCCAUAAACCACCUGCUAUCCGUUUAAUUUCUCCAACUAAUCUGAAAGUAAAGCGUGACCUGGUUAACUCGAAUCAAGCCUCUUCACUGGAAGGAUCCUAUAACAAGUGUCAGUCUGCAACUGGGUCUUCUAAACAAGAUUCAUCUACAUGUUUUCAGGCUACUACUCAUAGUUCACCCAAGUCCAAAAGAUCCGACUAUGAAUUAAGUAGCCCUUCUUCCAGUUCUCAGUUUUCCAGUAGUUCUCAAGUGCCAACUAUUUCUAUACCUGACUGUGCUUAUAAACCAUCACAAGUCACUAGGUCAGGGCUUCCAAAUGGGAGUGGAAGUCUAUCCGCAGAUGUUCCCAGUUCAAGCAAAAUUCAAGACUUGUCAGCCCAGUCUCUGCCCUCACGUUCUUUUAAAAGAUCUGUAUCUGCCAUACCUGUCCAUAUCACAGCACAUUUAUUAUCACCUAGUCCUAAACCUCUGUCCUCUCCAUUUUAUAGUUCCUCCUCAACCAUAUGUAGUAUAAAUGAGCCUUGCAGUCAAAUGUCACCUAGUGGAAAUCAACUGAAGCCAGAUAUUAGAGCCUCCCUGCCAACAAGGCUCACUCUUUUAACUGCUGUCCUGAAGUCACACCCUUCUCAGCAAAGACCAUUAUCCCCUGCUUCUUGCCCUGCUACCUUUUCAGUUAACUCCCUUGGCUCCUCAACACUCUCAAUAGAUCAAAAGUUUAUAACAACUCCACCUACCCCUAAGAAAUAUGUCUCAGGCUUUUCUGUUAGGUCAGACUCUCCAAGCCAAGAAGAACAUCAGCCACUGGGAUUUUCACAUGUGCCUAUAUCUUCAAAGGCCCAUCAUCCACCUCGAGCUAGAUCCCUUUCCCCUAGAAACCACCUUUAUUCCAGACCCCUAUCUCCUGACUCAUUAAGUCCUCUGUCAUCCACUGUUUCUUCCUAUAGAAAGACAGUUGUCUCUCCACUAUUACAACCAAGCUUCCCUACUUAUUCAAUGCCUUCUUGUGUCCCAAGACACUUUUCUUUGAACCCUGAAUCUUCUCCUACAAAACAGAUGCAUUACCCUAUCUCCAAAUCCCAAAUACCUGAGAAGUCAAGGCGAGUACAUACCUACUCACCCACCUUCAUCUGUAAAUCACAUCCUUUGUCCUCUCCUUCCAAUCAAAGGGGCACAUUUUCCCCCUCUUUUGAGAUAUGCUCUUCUUCUUCUCCAAAUCCUUUAAACCCUACAUAUAAAUCCAAAGCAAGUUCAGCACAGAGGUUUGCUCAGGAGUUCAGUGAUGCCUCCCCUGCCCUUUCAAAUGCCUCAAUGCAAUUGUCUUCCUCACAUCCUAAUUCUAUAUCACCUAUUCCUUCAGCUUGUUAUAGUCAUCCCCACUCCUCAAAACUUAGUUCCUCAUCAUUGCGCCCAAGUUAUAGAGUUUAUUCCUCACCUCUGAGACCUGAGCAAUCGGCCACCUCAUCAGUAGCACAGUGUAGAUCUCCUGUUUCAGACCGGUCAUCUUGUCCACUUCUAUCAAGAUCCAGAGAGCUGACUUCACCACAGACUUUUUCACUGUCUUCUGACCAUGAAAACACAAAAGCCAAGCAAUACAAGAUCAAGACAAGUUACAAGGCUUUUGCAGCAAUCCCUACAAACACAUUACUUAUGGAGCAGAAGGCAUUAGAAGAGCCACAAGAAUGA